AUGGCCACCACUGUCGUUGGGAGCAGUCUGGUAACAGCGAAGUUGAACGGCAAGCUGGGGGGCCGAAACGUUGUAGAUGCGCAAGACAGGCCUUUAAUUCCGUCCGUCGAGGAAGUCGCUCCCACUGCCAAUGGAGUCGCUUUCAACCUCGAGCAAAACACUCGCGGUGCAAAGUCAACGACUUACCCUGGAGUUGGAUUGGAUCUGGUGGACCGGUACAUUGACGAGCCGCGGCCUCUACGGGUCGCUGUUAUCGGAGGCGGUCUCUCCGGGGUCUUAGCAGGCAUUCUACUGCCCGAGAAAGUGCCCAAUAUCCAGCUCACCAUCUAUGAAAAGAAUACAGACUUCGGCGGGACCUGGCUGGAAAACGUGUACCCAGGUGUUCGAUGUGACAUUCCAAGCCAUGUAUACCAGGCAACCUUUGAGCCGAGCACUACGUGGUCCGACAAGUUCUCUCCCGGGGGUGAGAUCCGGGACUACUGGCAGGCUGUGGCGCGAAAGUACGACGUGUACAAGUACGCGAAAUUCCUGCACCAAGUCGAAGACGCUGUAUGGGACGACAAAGAAGGUGUGUGGUUGACGACGGUGCAAAACGGCGAGACAGGAGAGGCGACAGUGGAGAAGCACGACUUUGUCAUCACCUCGAUCGGCAGAUUCAAUGCCUGGAAACUACCUGACGUACCCGGCAUUUCUGAGUUCAAAGGAAUCCUCCGGCAUGCGUCGCACUGGGAUCCUUCGUUUGACCCCAAAGACAAGAAGGUGGCUGUGAUUGGCAACGGUGCCAGUGGUAUCCAGUUAGUGGCAAACAUACAGAAAGAUGUCAAGCAACUGGACCAUUACGCAAGGAGUAAGACAUGGAUUGCGGCGUCAUGGGCUGGUGAUGAGCGGACGUUCGAUCCUCAGCCAUAUACUGAGGAUGAAAAGAAGUCAUUUGAGAACCCCGAAACCUACUUGGCAUUUCGCAAGGAGCUCGAGAACAAGUACUGGCGCCGAUUCGGCACCUUCUUCAAGGACUCGAAGGACAAUCAGGAGCUCAAACAAAAGUUCAUCGAGAUCAUGGCCGAGCGCGUGGCUAAGAAGCCUGAGUUGCUUGAAGGUCUCAUUCCAGACUUCUCACCCAAUUGCCGGCGGCUAACCCCGGGCCCAGGCUAUCUGGAGGCUUUGGCAGAAGACAAUGUGGACUAUAUCCGGACGCCAAUCAAGAGGUUCACGGAGACAGGCAUCGAGACGGAGGAUGGGAUUCAUCGAGAGGUCGAUGCCAUUUUCUGCGCCACCGGUGCCAACUCUGACAUGGUCCCGAACUUCUCCAUCCGAGCCCACGGUCGAAGCAUCAGUGGACUAUGGGGAUCCGGGGGCAAGUAUGGCUUCCCUUACACCUACCUAGGCGUAGCCACUCCAGGUUUCCCGAACCUCCUGUUCCUGCUGGGACCUCAUGCAGCCGGUCCAUCUGGAACCACAACCCAGGCGGCUGAGACGCAAAUAUCAUACUUUGCCAAGAUCCUACGUAAGGUCUCCCGCGAGGGUAUCAAGUCUCUACAGCCGCAGUCAAAAGCUGCGGACGACUUUGUCGAGUACUCUGACGCCUUCUUCGCCAAGACUGUACUAUCAGACCCUUGCAGCUCUUGGUACAAUGGCGGCAAACCGGGUGCCCGGAUCCAUGGUCUGUGGCCCGGCAGCGCGGGUCACAUAACGACCGUACGGCGGGAGCCGAGGUGGGAAGACUGGGACUACGAAUACCUGUCGGAAACUGGUAACAGGUUUCUCUGGUACUUCGGCAAUGGGUGGAUGAGGAAAGAGACCGACCCUGAAUCGGACAUGACGUCCUACCUGACCUUGCCGAAUGAGGUAGACCUCCGGGAUAUUCAUGAGAGCUGGUGGCAACUGCCUUGA